UCGAUUUGGGUGGCAUUUUGACUCUGUCAUUUUGAGUUUUCAUGAGCAUUUGCCACUUUACAGUAGGUCCAGAUGGUCCAGGCUGACAUUCAUUUGGGUCGACACCGCUGGCAUUUGACUGAUCAUAAUAAUGUCAACAUUUCCAAUUCUCCAACACUUCGGUCAGGCAAGGCCGACCGCGCCGCGCCCAGCGAAUAAAGACAGUAUACGAGUUCUGUUACAUGAACAGCCAAAGUUAUCAAUAUAGCACACAUAAAUAGCCUGGCGCUCACCGUAGCGGAACAAAACGAGUCGAGAAAAGCUACAAUCAUUUCGUGUAGUAGGUUGCUCGCGUGUAAUAGUUUCGUGAACUCGAGAUUCCGUGAGAUAGGAAAGUCGCGUUGGAGAAUUCAUCGACUGAGUUUUUGCUUCGUUUUUUUCCGAGCUGGAAGUUCAAAGAAACUGCCGAGCGCCUUGUACACUACCCCAAGUCGUUACGUACACUCCCUCCCGGAGCGACGGGUUUCCAACUCGUUGGCUUGCGAUGGAAGAAUCUACGCGCAGCUACAGAGAAGGAGGAGCAGGCUGGGUGGUGGUCUGCGCAGCCUUCCUGUCCCAGUUCAUCCUCUACGGUAACCUGAAAGCCGGUGGAGUCCUCAUCACCAAGAAGAGCGAGGACUUUGGGACGAGCCUGUGGACCAUUGGGCUGAUCGAUGCGCUCAAUAGCGCGAUGCAGUGUGCUUUGUCUCCUGUACCAGUGGCCAUUUCGAACCAAAUUGGCGUGCGGCCGGUGGUCGUUGUUGGCGGCCUGCUCACCUGUCUAGGAUUUCUCUUGGCGUCCCAGAGUGGAAGUGUGCUCGUGUUGGCUGUGGCCAUGGUGGUUGUCGCAGGUACUGGGGCAGCAUGCGUCAAGGACACCACGUUCUCGCAGAUGGCUUUGCACUUUCACAAGCGGUACGCCCUGGCCAGCUUUGUGGCAAAGUGCGGGGCACCCUUCGGCAUGAUGGUCUACGGGCCCACCACGCAGCUCCUGAUGGACGUGUACGGCUGGCGGGGAACCAUGAUGAUCCUGGCCGCCUUCAACCUCCACCUCACGGCCUGCGGCUUCCUGGUCGGCUGGCCCGUGGCGGAGCCCCCUGGCGGGUUCCACUACCGGCGCGUCACGACCGGCGUCCAGCCCCCCAGCCUGGACGAUUUCGAACGGGGGAGCAAGGACAGCGACCUUUGCUGCAGCCAGGUGGUCUCGACCCUGGGACUGGGGGUCUUCAAGGACAUUCGUUUCCUGUUCCUGACGGCCAUCAAGCUGUUCAGCGGGUACGGCUUUAGCGGAAUUGUCAUCUACAUGGUCCCGAACGCGCUGUUGUUGGGGUUGAACGAGCAGCAGGCGGCCUUGAACACCACGGCCUGGGGCGUGGGCAACUUCCUGGGGCUGUAUCUGACAGCCCUGGUGAUGCACUACCGCGUCGUCUCGGUCUGGGCUGUGAUGGGGACUGGGGCAAGUCUAGCUAUCGUGUGCUACGCCUUGGAUCCGUUCCUAUCGUCGUUCCUAGGCCAACUGGCCGUCACGGCACUGAUAGGGGCCUGCAUGGAGAGUCUGUUCCUAGUCCCCUUGAUCAUGACCCGGUACCUGACUGCUGACGACCAAGUGGUGUUCCUCUACAGCUGGCAGAACUUCAUCACGGGCCUGUCUUAUCCAGUGGCGGGGCUUGUCUCAGGCUUGCUGUACGACGCAACAAGGAACUUUCAAGCAACAUUUUUCACGUUCAGUGGAUCAAUGGUGCUGACGAGCUUCUGUAUACUUUCCUUCUUCCUCUACACUAAGAAUUCGAAGGAUGCACUUUAGCCACGGAGAAUAUUUCCUAGCAGCUGGUGGAGUUUAAUUUUCCGAAAUGGGAAUUUGGGGCUUGCGGCUUGUCGAUGAACUUCCAUAUGUCACUGUCAGUUGUCUGUCUUGCUAUCAACAAAUCAAAACUUGCAACUGACAAUCUCUUACCUAAUAUUCACAUUCCUAUUUCAUGAAAAUUGGUACAAAUGUAGAAUUAAUGUAUAGGAGAUUCGAAAUCAGGGCACCAGGUAGUGGACAUGAAUAAUUGUACGCACGUCUGAUAACGAUAAGGAUUUAAAACGUGAGCGCGCCCCCAGGCGCGGGAAAAUACUACUUCGCUCGACGCCCAGCGCCCGAAACGGGCACUGGGAAGGGCUUGCACGAAUUUAGUGAAGGAAAUACGUCACACAGGGUCACAGCUAACGAUGUACAGGCAUUGUGGGAAAAUUUCCACCAUGCGCACGCGCGACCUCGCUCAAUGACACGAGCAGUGGUUGUCAAUUUUAAUGAUUUUUUCUUUUUUCUUCCUCAAUGCUGAAAAAUCUUCUCACUACACUCUUUCAUCCAAAAUUGAUCAAGAUAACUUAUGAUUUAAGAUAUAUCGCCCAAAGACACGUGAUCAAUUAUACUUAUUGAGAAGAUAAAUUACAACACUGUGACUGUACCAAGGCCAUGUUUUUAUCAUAUAGCCGGCACUUUGCCCAUCCCAAAGCAAUGCCAUCGGCGAAACAAAAAUUUGAAAUAACGCUUCGCUAACAGGAAGUGAUAACCUCGUGAUCGCAGGUCGUGCACAAUGUAGCCAAUCACAGUGCAUAGCCAUCAGCCCCUCCCAGCUGGGCGACAAGUGAAAUAAAUAUAUUACAUGUGCAAUCUGUGCUCGUGCACAAGCACAUUGAGGGCGCGCUUUGUUUCAGAACGCUGAUCUGCCCCAAUAAUGUAUUAAAGAUUUUGAGUUCGCUUCAUCAAGUAGGAAUCGAAAGGGUCCGUGAACUUCCGCUACUUCCGCGGAGAUUAAUUUGAAGGGACUGUUCGACCACGGAAAUUUUCAAGCGCUUGGGUUCAAUGGCCGCGCCUCGCAGCGGUCCAUCCGGCUGAGAGACCAGCCCGUCUGUUAGCGCCUAUAAUCACAGACUUCCAGAUAUUUACUCGGUAAAUUACCAGUCCUUGCCCGGGGAAAUUUCUCUAGAGAUAUGGUGGUAUGAUUUCGGAGAUGAUUGUUGAUGGGCUUUUCAGCUUUUAAGCUGUGGAGCAAUGCUGUUGUGUAGGCCUACUUCGUAUUCCACAGAAAAUGAUUUGCCUUGUCAUUAUUGAUUAAAAUCAAUAUGAAAGCUGUUGAAAAGUACCUUUUCACUCCAGUUGAUGGUGAAUAAAUGGACAUUUC